AUGAAUUAUACGAAUGCCCAAAAGGUGCAGUUUGGUUUUCAUAUGCUUGAGAAGGAAGUUGAGGAUUGGUGGGGUAACAUUAUUCAAAGGUUUGAUGAAGAAGGAAUUGAGGUUACUUGGGCUCUUUUUAGUGAUGCAUUUUUGGAGAAUUAUUUUCCAAAAGAUGUGAGUGGGAAGAAAGAGGUUGAGUUUCUUAAGCUGAAGCAGGAUAAUGGAACUGUGGGAGAGUAUAUUGCAAGAUUUCAAGAGUUGAUUAAGUAUUAUCCUCAUUACAACACUACUAAUGCUGAGAAAUCUAAGUGUCUCAAGUUUGUGAAUGGUUUGAGACCUAAGAUUAAGAAGGCUAUUGGUUAUCAAAAAAUUUCCCAUUUUGCUGAGUUGGUUAACAAGAGUAUGAUCUAUUAUGAGGGUUGUAGGGAGAGUGCUGUUCACUACAAGUCUAUGAAUGAUACGAAAAGGAAAGGCCAAUUCACAGGAAAGUCUUAUGCUGAUAAAGGGAAGUAG